CCCACGUCUCGCUGAAAAUGGCGUUUGCUGACCCGCGUUGCGAAUAAGGACCUCAGCACCUUUUCGCUAAUGGGUUCUAUUGACGACUUGAUUGACUGAUUGAUGUGCCAGCUGAUCAAUACUCGCUGGUGUCGCUGAAGCGGCCAGCAGGCUUCCGACUUCACUUGCUCAGCUUCUUUUUAAAUUGCAGUUUGGUGUGAAAAAUGACCAAGAUGGAGGCCGGGCGUUGAGCAAGAGGCGCCUCUCAUCGCCCCGUCCGCUGAUGAGAUGUGAGCGGACACGUUUGGUGAAAGUGAGCGUGAGACCCGAAGGAGGAGGAGGAGGAGGCGGAGCCAGGAUGCUACUUCGGCGUGAUGCGGGGGGGAUGCGAGCACACAGCAGCCAGCACAGGAUGCUGACAGCAUCACACUGAAGCCGGCAGAUUUCUUUUUGACAGGGUUCAACAUCCUUUGGACGAUGAACAGGUCUGGCGGCCCCCCAGGGGACGAGCUCACCGAUGAGGAGAAGGAGAUCAUCAACGGCGUGUUGGCCCGUGCCGCCAAGAUGGAGGCCAUGGAGCAGCAGCGUAUCAAUCGCCUCUCCAGCCGCCUGGACGACAUCAGGAGGACAGCGUGCGGGGACGGGCACUCUCGAUGUUUUCUCUGCAGCUCGUCUUUCGGGACGCCGGGGGUCACGGCCGUACUCUGUGUGCACUGUACAAAACAAGUGUGUCAUCCCUGCGGCGUCCAACGCAACAGCGGCUCGGGUUCCGUGUGGCUGUGCAGGAUCUGCAGCGAGCAUCAAGAAGUCCAGAGGCGUUCAGGGGCGUGGUUUUACAAGGGGAGGGGCCAGCAUCUCCUUCCCGCCCCUCUGUCUCUAUCCAGACCUCCAUGCUCCGGUGCUGAGAACAGUUCUGAUGAAACGAUGGAGCCUACACAAGCUCAUCAGCAGCCUGAAUCACAAAGGAUUCCAAAAGGUGGACCACAGAGCGGCCAAACCGGAGCAGCCAAUCAGGUUGUGUUCAGCGGGACCUCCUCAGACCACAUCGUCCCCUGCGGGGAUGGGACCCCGCCCCCUCAUGCGGCUGCUGUCCAAAUGUCUGCCAGUAGAAUCGAACCGGCAGCCAAUCCUCCUCGCAUCGAUCCCGCUCCCCCGGGACCACCCGCUGAUGGAACACAGCAGCAGGAGGAGGACGACUCUGAUGACGCCACCACGCUGGGGUCUCUGGAGUUCAGCGUCGUGUACGAGCAGGAACUUCAUGAGCUCCACUGUUGCAUCAUCAAGGCCAAGGGCUUGAAGCCGAUGGACUCCAACGGGCUGGCUGAUCCGUACGUCAAACUCCACCUGCUGCCUGGCGCCAGUAAGUCCAACAAGCUUCGCACCAAAACCCUGAAGAACACCCUGAAUCCGGUGUGGAAUGAGACGCUAGUCUAUCACGGCAUCUCUGAUGACGAAAUGUCCAGAAAGACUUUACGGCUGUCCGUGAAUGACGAGGACACGUUCGGACACAACGAGUUCAUCGGAGAGACGCGGGUGGCGCUGAAGAAGCUCAAGUUCAACCAGGAGAAGAAGUUUAAUGUUUGCUUGGAGAGGGUUAUUCCGGUGAAAAAAGCAGUGGGGGGUCAAACACGAGGAAUGGCUCUUUAUGAGGAUGAUUUAAAUGAGGACGAGGACUCCGAGGACAGAGGUCGCAUCCUGGUGUCGCUGACAUACAACAGCCAGCAGGGACGUCUCGUGGUGGGCGUGGUCCGCUGCGCCCACCUGGCCGCCAUGGAUUCCAACGGCUAUUCGGACCCUUUUGUCAAAGUAUGUCUGAAGCCUGACAUGGGAAAGAAAGCCAAGAACAAGACGCAGAUCAAGAAGAAGACCCUCAAUCCAGAGUUCCAGGAGGAGUUCAGCUACGAAGUAAAGCACGGAGAACUGGCCAAGAAAACGCUGGACAUCUCCGUGUGGGACUACGACAUGGGAAAGUCCAACGACUUCAUCGGAGGCUGCCAGCUGGGCAUUCAGGCGAAAGGCGAGUGUCUGAAGCACUGGUACGAAUGUCUGAAGAACAAAGACAAGAAGAUCGAACGCUGGCACGUGCUGGUCAACGACAACAGCGUCCAGUUUGACGACUAGCCAAGACAUGUAGCGCUACUUGUGUCGUCUUCUCUUCCUGUGCUCGCCUCUUUGUUGUCUUUCAGGGACACUUUUUGGUGACUUUUUGGUGACACUGUUUGAAGCACGCUCAAUUAUUGUAUUAUGUCCAAAACGUUAGCAAAUCCUCAGCUUUAUCCAGAAAAUAAAGAGUUAUUUAUGGUAAGUUAUUUUUAAAUAGUACUUUUUAACCAAUUCUGCUUUUUUGGUGGCUAGCAGCUUGAUUGACAGCCGGCCAGCCAAUCAGAACACUCCAUCCUGUGCUUCGAACCGUUGAAUCACUCUUGUUGCCAAGGAGACGGCCACGAGGGGGCACUGUUGUUGUUGUCACGAAGGAAUCCCCACUUUGACCCGUGUCACAUGACAUCACAUUGAUUGGUCCCUUAUUAACUGGAGCGCGCACGUGUCCAUGCAUGUGUUGUUAUGAAUA